CGAGAGAUCUGGGAUCGAAUCCACUCUCCAUUUGCCGCUCAGUCAUGAGCUCGUCGCAUGAGGCUUGCCUAAUGUGCUUUACAUCUCUCGUGUGACUUGCGAGCUAUUGCGCAGUGAGCAGGUUACCACAGAAUGCUCACUGAAGAGCAGACGAUGUGACAGAGGUUGUGGGUUUCCCUAAGGGUUUCCAUAUAAAACAUAUAUAUGUAAGCAUAGGAAUGAAGCAGUAUCAUUAAUAAAAUAAACCAGUAAUUAUUGUUUACCAACUUAAAUUAAUAGAUUAAUGAUCAAAUAAGUCAGAGCUGAUACAAUACACAUUACAGUCUCUUUGUGCCAUUGACAAUUCUGUUUAUUGUUUGAUCUCCUCACCCAUCUCUCUGUACUACACAACACCUACCAGAUAGGAUUCGAUCCUACGACCAAUCGAUUUACAACCAUAGAUUCGAUCAGUUAAGAUUGAGGAAUUUUCUACUUUAUCAACAGAAGAUGGCCCAAAAAGAUAUAGAGGAUAUGUUAGAUCAUCUAAGAAGCAUCAAGAGUGGAGGCGAUCUGAAUAGCGACAAGAUUAAUCAAAUUGAGACACUUGAAAUGGAGCUAAGAUUUUUGAGAACAUUUACCAAGUACAAUCAUGUUCUUUUACCUGAUUCUUUAGUCGGAAUCACAAAGAAGGCCAAAUUGGUUGUCGAAAUGCUUCACACAGUUUUUGAUGGAAUGCCCGUUGAAUGCAAAGCUAACCUUAAUCUUGAAAGGCUAGUGUCACAUUUGAUGGAAUUCGUUGAGGAUAAUACCAGUUCAAGGUUCAAUUAUGAGCUCAAUGAUUCAGAUCUGUCAGAAUAUUUGGAGUUCCUCAACAUGAGUCUCAAUGAUUCACCGAGGUAUCUUGACAAAUCUGACCCUCUUUUCAGGAAAGGAAAAGUUGGAUUUUGGAAGCAACUGAAAUUCAUUCACCAGAAAAUGAAGUUUAUGAGAUACUUUUAUGACACAGAGAUGAAUGGUUGUGUUGACCAUGAGAAAUUAAAAGGUUUGCGGACCCGAAUUCAAUUCAUGGCUGACAAAGUGGGACAGUUCUGUUUAGCUCUUCGGCUUCCUGAGGAUGUAGAUGAUAAUAUCGAGAGUAAGCCUCCUUUUCUACUAUGCCUGGUUGUGCUAGUGGAGCUGGAAAUGAAGAACAUUUUUCUUAGUGAACUGAAGACUUCAAAGCUUCCUCAAUCAAAAAUAUUCGAGUGCAUGGUAUUACCACCAGGAUUUUCACAUCAUCUCUACAAUUUGCUCAUGUAUCUCAGAAAACAAAAGCUUAAGGGCUUCCAUUCUGAUGUGUCUGCUCAAAACAUCGAUGUGGCGAUCGAGUUUUUGCUGCUUUUUCUUGGUGAUGAGUCAGAUCAUGUUAUUCAUGGUAUGAUGAUGAAUGAGGUCUUGGAAAAGGCAGGAUCUCUUGUGGGUGAUAUUCUAUGUGCAAUCCAAAGGCUUAGUCCAAGCACUAUAAUCAAAGAUGAUGCUAGCGAGAUAAAUCUUUGGUCGAUACAGAUAUCUGAGAAAGCAGAAAAUCUAAAGGCACAAUUGGAGGAGUACUACAAAUCCUUAACAUUCAUUCCAUCUCAGUUUCCCACAGCUGGUGGAUUGAGCUUUCUGGAUUCUCUAUUGAGGAAAUUGAAUGAGAUGUCGAGAUCUGAAUCAGGUUUAGAUUUCAUGAUGAAGCCUCAUAUAGUUAUAUUAGAGACAGAGCUCUUAUAUUUGACAUCCAUUUUCAAAGAUGUUGUGAAGGUGCACCAUGAAGAUGAAAUUCUCAAAGAUCUUAAGAGGCGUACUAUCAAUUUGGCAUAUGAAGCUGAGGUAGCCAUUGACUGUAUUCUUUCUCGAUAUAAUGCUCUUUUGCAUGUUUUUUGCUCGCUUCCAACAAUCUUAAAUGAGAUCAAGAUUAUUAGUGUGGAGGUGAAAGGCAAGUGGUCAGAUAACCUUGCUCUUAAGCCAUGCUCUAUGGUUGAGCCAUCCAAGCGUCAGCCAAUUCAACAUAGCGAUCUUAUAUAUGAUGAGGAAAUUGUGGGUUUCCAUAAUGACAUGAAAAGAAUAAUUCAGCAUCUAAUUCAAGGAGCAAAUGAGGUAGAUGUCGUCACAAUUGUAGGCAUGGGGGGACUAGGGAAAACAACUUGCGCUAGGAAGGUGUAUAGUAGUGAAAUCAUUGUUUCUAAUUUUGAUGUUCGAGCAUGGUGUAUCAUUUCCCAAACAUAUAACCGGAGAGAGCUAUUGCAAGAGAUUUUUAGUCAAGUUACCGGCUCAAAGGACAAGGGUGAUAAGGAUGACAUCCUUGCUGACGAGUUGAGGAGAAGCCUAAUGGGAAAGAGAUAUCUCAUUGUAUUGGAUGAUAUGUGGGAUGGUAUCGCAUGGGAUGACUUGAGACUUUGUUUCCCUGAUAGUGGAAACAGAAGCAGAAUUGUAGUAACAACUCGACUUGAGAAAGUGGGUGAACAUGUCAAGCGCUAUACUGAUCUUUAUUUUCUUCCAUUCCUCACACCAGAAGAGAGUUGCAGAUUGUUGCACAAAAAAGUGUUUCAAAAGGACGAUUGCCCGCCUGACCUACAAGAUGUGAGUCAAGCAGUGGCAAAAAGAUGCAAAGGCCUACCUCUAGUGAUAGUUUUGGUAGCUGGAAUUAUAAAAAAGAAGAAAAUGGAAGCCUCUUGGUGGCAUGAGGUUAAAAAGUCUCUAUUGUCCUGUCUCGGUGAUUCUGAAGGUUAUGGUCUAUCAACUAUGAAGUUAAGUUAUGAUAACUUACCUGAUUAUUUAAGACCUUGCCUUCUUUAUAUGGGGAUGUUUCCGGAAGAUGCCAGAAUUCCAGCGUCUAAACUGAUAAGUUUAUGGAUAGCGGAAGGCUUCGUGCAGAACAUUGAGUCUGGGAGGUUGGAAGAGGCAGCUGAAGAAUACUUGAUGGAUCUCAUUAGAGGUAAUGUGGUAAUGGUUUCAAGGACAAGAUAUAAUGGUAAAGUUAAAGACUGUCAGGUUCAUGACGUAGUGCUUCACUUUUGCUUGGAGAAGAGUAAAGAAGAAAAGUUUAUGCAACCAGUGAUGGGGAAUUCUAGUCACUUUCAACCUUCGGAAUGGAACGAAAGUCGAGUGAGCUUCAACUUCACUUAUGAUAUUUUCCAGUUUGCAUCUCCAAACUCCAAACCACGAAAUCCUUUUCACCAACCCUUGAGGUCACUGAUUACGAACAAUGGAGGAAUAAUCUCUGAAUGGAAUCUCUUGAGACUUCUUAAGGUCUUGGAUUUGAGUUCCCUUGAUAUGAAUUAUUUUUCGUUAGUUAGACUGAAGCCACUAAUUCACCUGAAGUACCUUGCCAUUAGCGCAGAUCAAAUUAAUUUUCAUGCAGAACCUUAUCUGCCCCAUCUUGAAACUCUAAUUGUAAAGUAUGUCAUCAGUCGUUCGGUGUUACCAGCAAUUUUCUUGAAGUUUGAAAAAUUAAGGCAUGUUGAUAUUAGUGAUGCUGUUUUUGAUUUGGAAAACGAUAAGCUCAGGAACUUUGAAGAGUCCUCUAAAUUGGAAAACUUGAGGGUAUUAAGGAAACUAUCUUUUCGAAUUGAUCACGCUGAUAGUCUGGCUGUGUUAUUACGGAGGUUUCCUAAUCUUCAAGAACUCGACAUAUUUUUUUGGGACAAUGAAGAUUCUGCAGAGUUUUCUCUCAAAUUGGAGAGUCUUACCAAGCUUCAAACAUUUCGCCUUUCCUUUCAGUGGCCCCAAAUUGUAUCUGAGUUACACUUGCCUUCGAAUUUAAAGAAGUUGGUACUAGUAAGCACUCAAAUAGAAAGCACCAUUUCCGUCAUCAGGGAACUACCAUGUCUGGAGUGUCUUCAGUUAACGAGUUCGAAUUUUGCUCAAUCCAAAGAGUGGUGCCUUAGCGAUAUCACAUUCCAUAAGCUUAAGUUCUUAAAACUGAUGAGUUUAAGUAUCUCAAGGUGGGAUGCCUUGGAGGAAUCUUUUCCCCAGCUCGAAACACUUGUUUUUAAAGAGUGUUACAAGCUCGAGGAGAUCCCCACUAGCUUUGCAGAUAUUCCAACGCUGAAACAGAUAAAAUUGAUUAACUGCAUGAAUAAAUCUUUGGAGGCUUCAGCUGUGAAAAUUAAGGAAGAAGUCGUUGAUAUUGAAGGAUGUGACCGCAUCGACAUCACUAUCAGAGAUAUGUGGGAAAAUCUAAAGUAGCUGUGAGUCAAGCACAUGCUUGUAACAAAGACACGACUACAGCAACACGGUCAGGAUGGACGGAGUUCUUUCUAAGCUAAUUGUUGUAGCCAGGCUGAAGUCUAUUGUGCAGAUUGCCGAAGCACUACAACUGAUUGAUAAGUUUGUAUUGAUUGAUCAACUAUUUUUUCUGUAUGCUAUAGAUGAUUGAAGACCUAUAUAUAUCAGAUCAGCUUUCGCUGUGAUUUCUUGC